UUCGGAGACCCGUGGCUAUUUCUGUCAGUCAGUGCCGGAGCGGUUUGGGAUGGAUGCCAUCAUGCUGCAGGAGAAACUGGUGGAGCGGCUGCUGUGUCCACGAGUGAGAACAGCGAGGCAGAAGGAGAAGCAGUAUGUGGGUUUCGCAACACUACCCAACCAGGUCCACAGGAAGUCAGUGAAGAAGGGCUUUGACUUCACACUGAUGGUGGCAGGAGAGUCUGGAAUGGGCAAGUCCACUCUGGUGAACAGCCUCUUCCUCACAGACCUCUACAAAGACAGGAAGCUACUGAACGCUGAGGAGCGCAUCAACCAAACCGUGGAGAUCAUCAAACACACUGUGGACAUCGAGGAGAAAGGGGUCAAGCUCAAACUGACCAUCGUGGACACGCCGGGGUUCGGAGACGCCGUCAACAACAACGAGUGCUGGAAGCCGAUCACAGACUACAUAGAUCAGCAGUUUGAGCAGUAUUUCAGAGACGAGAGCGGGCUGAACAGGAAGAACAUCCAGGACAACCGAGUCCACUGCUGCCUCUACUUCAUCCCUCCAUUUGGGCAUGGGCUGCGUCCAGUGGAUGUCGAGUUCAUGAAGGCUCUGCACGAAAAGGUGAACAUCAUUCCGCUCAUCGCGAAGGCCGACUGCCUCACGACCAACGAGAUCAAAAAGCUCAAAGACAGAAUACGAGAGGAAAUAGACAAGUUCGGGAUCAAAGUGUACCAGUUCCCCGAAUGUGACUCUGAUGAGGAUGAAGAGUUCAAACAGCUCGACAAAGAGCUGAAGGAGUGCACCCCGUUCGCCGUGAUCGGCAGCAACACAGUGGUGGAGGCUCGAGGGCAGCGAGUGAGAGGCAGGCUGUACCCCUGGGGGAUCGUUGAAGUGGAGAACCAGUCGCACUGCGACUUUGUGAAAUUGAGGAACAUGCUGAUUCGCUCACACAUGCACGACCUCAAAGACGUGACCUGCGACGUCCACUACGAGAACUACAGAGCGCAGUGCAUCCAGGAGAUGACCAGUAAACUGACUCAGGACAACCGUAUGGAGAGUCCCAUCCCCAUCAUGCCGCUGUCCACUCCAGAUGCGGAGACUGAGAAACUAAUCAAGAUGAAAGAUGAAGAGCUGAAGAGGAUGCAGGAGAUGCUGAAUAAGAUGCAGCAGCAGAUGCACAAGGACCAGUGAUGUCCCCCCGGAGCAGAGCUGGUCUGCAGCGCCACCUGCUGUCCCCCCCCAGAACCACAGGGAGACCUUCAGACAACAUGGGUGUCGCCUGUUAACGUGGCAACUGUACAUUGGUCCUCAGUUUGGUGCUUCGUAUAGUUUGUCUGCUUGGACGAUUUUUUGUGGGAGUCGUUUUUAUUGGCCUCUGAACGUUUUGAAUCCAGUUUUCUCCCUUUGAGCCCCUCGAUGGGGUUUAACGGUCUUAACACAUAUAAUAUAAAUGCAUAAUUUAAAUUACUACUCAGUGUAUCUAAUUUAUAAAUACAAUGCUAAACCUUUUUGGGAUAUUUUGUCAGGGUAUGAUGUGUUUUAUCAGAUGUUUUGUAAAGAGAUUUAGGUCGUUGGUGAUGAUAAGAUUUGAUGGAUAUUGUUUGUUUAUUAUUAUUAUGUGUUUGUGAGUGAAUGUGUUUGUAUUUCAUGACAUUUCCUCCAGGUAUCCGUACAUAAAACUCCCUUUUAUCUAUACGGUGACUUUUUGUUGUUUGGUUUGAAGCCAACUUUUGCUCUUGUUAAUUCGCUCUGUGAUCCUCACACAUCAUUUUGUGUGACAUUAUUUUCACACAUAUGUAAAGUCAAAAUAAUCUCUCCCGGCAUUUUUAUAUGUGUGUGCGCGAUGGCUGAGCUGGAAAUGCACUUAUUGCCAGUGGCUAACUGUGAAUGGAGCCUCUGCCAUGUCCAGAGGGUCGCGGCAGCGCAUGCUGACGUCACUCGUAUCCGCUCAAUGCUGCGGCCAAUUUUGUACUGCUUCAUAACCGAGGCUCUCGCUCUAAUGUCAUGACCUCCAGUUCGCACUGCGGUAAAAUAUAUCAACAAUGAGGAGUGAA